AUGAUGGGCCCUGGCCUCGCCAUCCGUCGCCAGGCGGGGGAGCGCACAUCGCGAGCUGGAUUGUAUGGACUGUAUGUGAAGGGGAAAAUAAGCGCCCGGCAACAUGCAGCACAUCAAAGGGAAGCCAGUGAUUGGAGGACGACAGGGGUGAGGAGCACGAUGACUGGAUAUCGAGUAACACCACUAGAGCAGUUGGACUGGCUUAUCACAGUGGGGAAAGUCGCGAUACGCCGGGGCAAAGGCCAUGGAGGUUCCCGUGCUGUCACUCCAGAUGCACGGCCUGUCACCCGUGGAGCGAAUGAGGAGAGUCAAUCAGCCGGUCUGGCUUCUUCUUCCCGGCGCCAACUGUUGAUCGUCUCGGGGCCCAGCCAACCACAGAUGUUGCAGAACCGCCGGCCAUCAACGCCCGCGAGAGUCAACAGCAGGAUUUCUGCUGCAGGUUCCGAGUAG